GAGAACUGCCUGAACGCGGAUGUGGUGGAGCAGAUCUACAAGCGCAACCCCAUCCUGCGCUACACCCAGCACCCGCUGCACUCCCCACUGCUGCCCCUGCCCUACGGGGACAUCAACCUCAACUUACUCAAAGACAAAGGUUAUACCACCCUUCAGGAUGAAGCCAUCAAGAUAUUCAAUUCCCUGCAGCAGCUGGAGUCCAUGUCUGACCCCAUCCCCAUCAUCCAGGGCAUCCUGCAGACUGGGCACGACCUCCGCCCGCUGCGUGAUGAGCUGUACUGCCAGCUCAUCAAGCAGACCACCAAGGUGCCACACCCCGGCAGCAUGGGCAACCUGUACAGCUGGCAGAUCCUGACCUGCCUCAGCUGCACCUUCCUGCCCAGUCGUGGCAUUCUCAAGUACCUCAAGUUCCAUCUGAAGAGGAUACGGGAACAGUUUCCAGGAACCGAGAUGGAAAAAUAUGCCCUCUUCAUUUACGAAUCUCUGAAGAAAACCAAAUGCAGAGAGUUUGUGCCUUCCCGGGAUGAGAUCGAAGCGCUGAUCCACAGGCAGGAAAUGACGUCCACGGUGUACUGCCACGGAGGAGGCUCCUGCAAGAUCACCAUCAACUCCCACACCACGGCCGGGGAGGUAGUGGAGAAGCUGAUCCGAGGCCUGGCCAUGGAGGACAGCAGGAACAUGUUCGCCCUGUUCGAGUACAACGGCCACGUCGACAAAGCCAUUGAGAGCCGAACCAUCGUGGCGGAUGUUUUAGCCAAGUUUGAGAAGCUUGCUGCCACGGCAGACACAGGGGACCUGCCCUGGAAAUUCUACUUCAAGCUGUACUGCUUUCUGGACACAGACAGUGUGCCAAAGGACAGCGUGGAGUUUGCAUUUAUGUUUGAACAGGCCCAUGAAGCGGUCAUCCACGGCCACCAUCCUGCCCCGGAGGAGAGCCUGCAGGUCCUGGCUGCCUUGCGGCUGCAGUACCUACAGGGAGAUUACUCGCUGCAUACGGCCAUCCCAGCCCUGGAGGAAGUGUAUUCGCUACAGAGACUGAAGGCCCGCAUCAGCCAGUCCACCAAGAGCUUCACGCCGCAGUGUGAGCGGCUGGAGAAGAGACGGACGAGCUUCCUGGAGGGCACGCUGAGGCGAAGCUUCCGGACGGGGUCCGUGGGGAAGCAGAAGGCCGAGGAGGAGCAGAUGCUGGACAUGUGGGUGAAGGAAGAAGUCUGCUCUGUUCGCGCCAGCAUCCUGGACAAGUGGAAGAAAUUUCAGGGAAUGAGCCAGGAGCAGGCCAUGGCCAAGUACAUGGCCUUGAUCAAGGAAUGGCCUGGCUACGGGUCCACACUCUUCGAUGUGGAGUGCAAGGAAGGCGGCUUCCCCCAGGAGCUCUGGCUGGGUGUGAGCGCCGAGGCCGUCUCCGUCUAUAAGCGUGGGGAGGGGAGGCCGCUGGAGGUCUUCCAGUACGAGCACAUCCUGUCCUUUGGAGCACCGCUGGCCAACACAUACAAGAUCGUGGUGGACGACAGGGAGCUGCUCUUUGAAACCAGUGAGGUGGUGGACGUGGCCAAGCUCAUGAAAGCCUACAUCAGCAUGAUCGUGAAGAAGCGCUACAGCACCACACGCUCCACGAGCAGCCGGGGCAGCUCCAGGUGAGGGUGGCAGUGAACCCAC